GUCCGUUGGCCAACCGAUAUCAGCUUUGGCUUCUUGUCUUUACAUCGUAUCCGUAUCGCGUUCGUUUCUUUUUCUGAGAGCCGUCUAGAGUUCAUUUUUUUUUGUCCGCGUCGCACCAAAAAUACCGACUAAACUGUGCCUUCAUCGUCACGUGCAACUCGCAGGCUUGACGAUCGCCAUCCACCUUCCUUGCUGGGUGCCUGCUUCAUCUUUCGUCUCUUACGCUUCAUCGCCCAAUCAACUUGCCUCGUCAAUUCAUUCGCUCGCGCCCCCUUUCUGCUUGCUGAUACCGGCUGAACUGCUUUGGAUCGUUGCCGUCGAAAUCCUCUCAUCCCCCCCGCACCUUGAUUGAAUCACCUAUCUGGAUCAACCAUUAAGCCUGCCCUCUGGCGACGUUCACAAUGCUCGGCUGGUACCAAGCGAGACUCGCGGCUCGCCCGCUGCUCACCCAGAGCAUCACCACCGCCGUCCUCUUCGCGACCGGUGACAUCACCGCCCAGCAGCUCGUUGACAAGCGCGGUCUCGAGAAACAUGACUUUGCCCGUACCGGCCGCAUGGCCCUGUACGGUGGUGUCAUCUUCGGCCCCAUCGCCACCAACUGGUUCAAGUUCCUCCAGCACAAUGUUGUUCUCAAGAACAAGAACGCCGAGAUCCUUGCCCGGGUCGCUGUCGACCAGGGUGUCUUCGCCCCCGUCAUGAUCAGCGUCUUCCUGUCCUCCAUGGCCACGCUCGAGGGCAGCUCGGUCCAGGAGAAGCUCGACAAGAACUACAAGACGGCGCUCACCUCCAACUACAUGCUCUGGCCGUUUGUGCAGAUGGUCAACUUCAAGCUCGUCCCCCUCCACCACCGCCUUCUUUUCGUCAACGUCAUCAGCAUCGGCUGGAACUCGUACCUUAGCUUCUUGAACAGCCAAUAAGUGUUGUGGAAGGGUUGAAGACCUAUCCCCAGACUGGCAGACAUCUGUUAGAAGUGCCCAUCUGAAGAGGUCAUUCUGAGCUCAGCUAGGCUGUCUUUCUUUCUACAUGGAUCUUGCGUUUUAUGACUUCGAGUUGGGAGCAUUAGAAGCAGCAUAGACUGAGAUUUAAUCGUUACAAACGGCCAUGGGCAGGGCCAGCGGGAACACAUUGCACCGGUAUCAACGCAAAAGCAGAACUAGCGGCGUUUCGAGAUGUCAUCUGCAUGCAUGUUGUUGAUAUUUCUCCAUCAUCUAGGCGUGAUCUUCUCUCAUCGUCGCCCACCAACAAGUAUAGGUGUUUUUGUCUCUAGGUUCAG